AUGUCGGUGAAUAUGGACGAGCUGAGACAUCAAGUGAUGAUCAACCAGUUUGUUUUGACCGCGGGCUGCGCGGCGGAUCAGGCGAAGCAGCUGCUGCAAGCGGCGCACUGGCAGUUCGAGAUGUGCACUCCACGCAACACUCCCGCCACGCCGCCCAACUUCCCCGACGCCAUCACUAUGUUCUCCAAGCUGCGGACGUCUGAAUGCACGGGCGGCAGCGGAGCCGGCGCUUCGGCCCAAGUGUCUAUGGCGUGUUCUCCUCCUCCCCACGCCUCCGCACAGGGAUUCGGCUCCUUCUGGGCCUCCUCGCCCCCCAACCACCAGCCCGUCUGGCUGCCGCCGUCCUCUCCCACAGGUCACCACGCGCUCCAUCACCACCACCAUCACAUGCACCAGCCGCCCACGUGGCCGCCCGUCUCCCAGCCCGCCAACGGCCAGCAGACGCCCGUCAUGUCAGCUCUGCACGGCCAGAGAUGA